GGCGGGGGGGGGGCGGGCGGAAGUGACGUCACGGCGGCGAUGGCGCAGGAGCAGGAGGACGUGCGGGAUUACAAUCUGACCGAGGACCAGAAAGCCGUCAAGGCCAAGUACCCCCCGCUCACCCGCAAGUACGAGUAUCUGGAUCACACAGCGGAUGUGCAGUUACAUGCUUGGGGUGACACUCUGGAGGAAGCAUUUGAGCAAUGUGCCAUGGCCAUGUUUGGUUACAUGACAGACACGGAGACCGUGGAGCCAUUGGAUACAGUAGAAGUGGAGACAGAAGGACAUGAUUUGCUGUCCCUCCUUUUUCACUUCUUGGACGAGUGGCUCUACAAGUUCAGUGCUAACGAAUUCUUCGUACCACGGGAAAUCAAAGUGCUUCACAUUGAUCGAAUGAACUUCAAAAUACGGUCAAUUGGGUGGGGAGAAGAGUUUUCUUUGCCUAAGCACCCUCAGGGCACUGAAGUCAAGGCGAUUACUUAUUCAGCGAUGCAGGUCUAUGACGAGGAGAAGCCAGAAGUGUUUGUAAUCAUUGAUAUAUGAGUCCAUAAAGAAAGGAUUCCGAAUGGAACUGCUCUUUCUAGACCUUUGAGGAAGAGAGAAUUCAAGAGAUGCAGUAACACUAAGAAUAAUUUGGUGAUGGACUGUUCAGGAGCCUGGAUCUCCUGUGUUCCAAAUGUGUUUCUGGGGAGAAAGGAUUGUAGUCCCCAGAUUGCUUGACAACUGAUGUGUUUUUCAAUAAUCCUUUCUUUAGUGACUUGAGUUGGAUCAUGAGGACUGCAGUAUGAAAUUAUUAUGCUUGUUAGGAUAAUUCUAGAUUGGGAUAAGGGAAAGACAUAUUUUUUUAAUAUCCUCUCUUGAUAGCCCAAAAGAUCAGGAAGGCCAUUUCAAAAUGUUUAAUUUAUUUAUAUAUAAAAUUUUUUAACGUGCUACCUCUCCUAUACUGUUUUCAGCCCGGCAUUUAAGAUUAAAGUACAGUGCUACCACAUUUUAA